CGAAUACACGAUUGGUCUGUUUUCAAGCUACAGCUUUCGUGAAUCACACUUUGUUGAAUUGUGGAUUUUCCCUUUAAUUUGUAGUUUUGUAUUCGAAAAAUCGACGCUAAUUUAUUGUUAAAAAAAUCUCUGCAAAAUGGCAGAAGAUAAUUCGUGGAAAACUUCGAGUUUUCGGCAGAGUGUCGUCAACAAAAUAAAUGAGGCGAUUCAGCAGUCCGGAAUGGCAUCGAACAAAAACGGGCUCGAGAUGGAGAACCAUGUCUUCCAGAAGGCCCGCAACAAGGAUGAAUAUCUGGGCUAUGUCGCAAGACUAAUUUUGCACGUCCGUGAAAUGAAUUCCAAAAACAAGAACCAACAGAAUGCAGCCGGUGGAAACCAAGACGGGGGUAAUCCUAAUCAACAAGGUGGAAUGCCAGAUCCAAUUAAUGCACUUCAAACACUAGCAUCGCAAGGCAGUCGACCACAGAUGAUGGGUGGUCAAAUGGGUCCCGGUGGGCCAAUGGGUGGUCAGAUGGGAACUGGUAAUGCUUCUAAUUUGCUUCAAACUCUUAACCGUCCCCAAAUGCCUAUGACCGGAGGAAUGGCUGGAAUGCAAGGUGGCAACCGUGUUGGAGGAAUGGGUGGUCCGAAUCAAAUGGGUGGUAUGAUGCCGGGACAAAUGCAACCUGGUCAAGCUGGGAUGCCAGGAAUGCCCAAUCAAAUGGGCGGUGUCAUGGGACCUGGGGGAAUGAGCGGUGGAAAGAUUGUUGGAAUGGGGAAUCAAGGUCAAAUGGGUCAAAUGAACCCAAUGCAAAUGCAAGGACAAAUGUCUGGAGGGGGAAUGCAGCCUGGCGCAGGCCAACAACAAACCCAGCAACAGCAAGGCGCACCUAGUGGCCCGAAUCAGAUGAAUUCAAUGGGCGGCAUGGGUGGAAUACAAGUAAAUCCACAGUUGAAUCAAAAUGCCUUGAGCCAACAGUUGAGUUCAGUUGGAAUGAAUCAAGCAGCUGGCCAAAUGGGCCAAAUGGGUGGAAAUAGUCCGAUGAAUCAGGGGAACAUGGGAAUGGCUCCGAAUCAGGUGAUACGACAGCAAAUGGCACCAGGAAUGAAUCCCAAUCAACAGCAGAUGGGAAUGGCUGGCAGUCAAAUGACUCAGAUGGGCCAAGGAAUCGGAGGUCCAGGAGGAAAUUUAUCCCAAGUUCAGCAGCAAGUUGCGGCACAACAGCAAUCCCAAGCUGGAAUGGCUGCAAUUGGACCUGGAGGGCCCGGUAAUUUGCAGCAUCAAGGUGGCCAACAACAGCAACCAUCGAAUGUCGGCCCUGGACAGAUAAAUUCGGCCGGCAUGGGUCCGGGUGGAAAUAUCCCUGGUAAUCAAAUGACAGCGCAGGGAAAUUUCGUACCAAUUGGUGCAAAUCAAAUGGUUCGAAAGGAUAUGAUGAGUGGUGGACAAGUUUAUCCAGGUGGUGCCGUACGCAGCGUAACUCCGAAUCAAUUCUUACGCCAAUCACCUUCACCGUCAGUUCCAUCUCCGGUAGGGCCUGGUUCGCUAGGUUCUCAAUCUCAUCCUGGUCAAAUGAUACCGAGUCCUGCACUAAUUCCAUCACCAAGUCCCCAAAUGGGAAGUGUUCCCCCUAGAAACAUUGGUCAGUCUCCGGGAUCUACAUUAAACACGCCUGGACAACCGGGAGGAGCAGUCCCGAGUCCAUUAAAUCCACAAGACGAGCAGCUCUAUCGUGAAAAGUAUCGCUCGCUGACAAAAUACAUCGAACCACUCAAGCGUAUGAUUGCUAAAAUGGAGAAUGAUGAUAUAGAUAAAAUUGCUAAAAUGAAACGUUUAUUGGAAAUACUUUGUAAUCCAACCUGUCGCAUUCCGUUAGAGACGCUUUAUAAAUGUGAAGCAGCGCUGACCAGUCAACUGGGAUCAAUAAGAGAAACUUCACUCAACAAUCCUUUGGUGGAAGCUGUUUCCAGUGCGCUCCAGAGUAAUAUGGGCAAUCAUACACUUCAGCGCACGUUCCGACCUUGUCUAGAGGCGCUGUUUGGACCUGACAUUAAAAACCUCCAAACUCCCGCCAAGCGUCCUCGGCUGACAGUUGAGGAACCGGCUACAUCAAGCACAAGCGGUGUCCAGGAGAUCCCUCAUAUUCUGCAAGGUGAAAUAGCUCGUUUGGACCAGAAAUUUAAAGUGUCCCUCGAUCAGUGUGCUGUUGGAGGCACCAGCACCAUCAAAUUGAUCUGUUAUUUGGAUGACAAACAUCUGCCCUGCGUGCCGCCGGUAGCGGUCACAAUACCCGAAGACUAUCCAUUUGUAUCGCCCUUCUGUUCGUUGAUUGACCAGGAAUACGACGCAACGCCUUUCUUGAAAAGGGUGCAACAAUCGUUCCUCGCUAGGAUUAGCAAGCUGCCGGAAAUGUUCUCGUUGUCUCACUUGCUAGACACCUGGGAGAUGUCAGUGCGCCAGGCUUGUGCUCCGAAACAGGCCCGAGUGGUGUCUCCCACAAGUACCAGUGUGCUUUUGGGAAUGUAACGCCUUUUACAAUAUAUAUUCACAUAAUAUGCAUUUUGGUUUAUUGUUUAAUCCAACCAAAAAAUUUGGCUAUUGAAGAAGUGAUUAAAAUUUUUCAUGCAUAAUGCACAUAAUGCACAAAUGCACAUUCUUCGUAGGACUGAAAGAAACAGAACCAGGAGAGAAUAGAUGGAACAUAUUCGGGAUAAAUAUACUGAGGUCGUUUAUUUAUUCACAGGAGAAAUUACUUUAACGAUCAUAAAUUAAAGGAGACAAGUAAUCGGGGUAGGAAUUUCAAUCAAUGUUUGGACAAUCUGUUUGAGUCCAAAAAACCAGAAACAUGAUACACGAACUUUCAACAUAAUGAAGAGAUUCUAAAAAAAGUCAAAUCGUGUGAACUAAAACGUGAAUGGAAGGGCAGGGUGUCGACUCAAAACUCCCUGAUAUUUCCUGAUUUUCCAGUAAUUUUUCAGAACAAAAUACCAGAUGUAAACUAGUACUAAAAUUUUCUGGUUCUGUAGUUCUUGAAAGAUUUAAUUAGUUAAAACAAUGAAAUUUAUGAACGUCUGUCAAUAUCUUCCCAUAAAUGAAUUGUUUGUGAUUUUUGAUUGAGUUAAACGAUUUCUGAGAAGUUUCGUAAAAGAUAAGAAAUCGGAUUUAUUAAUACAGUUCAAAGUUAUCUUAAGGAUCCUUAAAUACUAGUACAGACGAGUCGUUUCCAUUUUGAUUGGGGUCAAUUUCACGAAACUGUUUUUUGUUUCGAUUUGACCGAAGUUUUUUUUCAUGUAAACUGUCAGUUUCGAUCUGUGCUUUUUCCAAUUUUUUUUUUCGUUUCGCUUCUGCUUCUCAUAGCCGUUUCAUGACCUUGAAUUACUUUAAGAGCAAUUCCAAAUGGAAUCGACAAAUGCCAAAACAUGAGUAUUUUUUUUUUUUUAUUAAAUCGUUUAUUUUUACAGGCUCAGUUACAUAAGUUUAAAGGAGCCAAACUCCUAUCUGUAUUGUUACAAGUAUAUAUAAACAUUUUUCAUUAAUUCUAGUGUUAUUGAAGUAGAGAACCGAUUACUCGCGGUUUGCUCGAGUUUAGAAGGGUGACAUUUUGUUUCAGGAAAAGGAAGGGAUAUAAGGAUAUGUUGACAAUGUUCACACUCACAUUCGCACUCACAUUCAUCAUACUCAAUUCUUAAGCCUAUCUUAUAUCUAAUAUGUAUUUACAUUUCACCUUAUUCUAUUGUUAGUAAGAAGGGAUUUAAUUUCUCGCGAAGGAAAAGGAAAAGGAGAAUAUAAGGAUAUAAGGACAAUCACACACGAAGAUCGAUAACUUUUAAGAAGACAUAUAUUUGGGACAUGUAAUCAAGGUCUAACCGAGCCAACACAUCUCUCACCGGCACAUUGGGCUGUCUUCCUCUGGCCUUGAGUAUUUUUGAUUCGAAUGAAAGUAUGUAUUCCGUUUGUCUUGGGGGAAAUAUGAGUUUUCCACAACAUUUGGGAAUUUUUAGACUCAAGUGUAACUUUUGAAAAGGUCUUAUCGAUUUUUAGUAAGAGAUAUGUUGAAAAACAUCGCCACGUUUUGUAUUGACUCACAUGUCUUCAAUGUUUUUCUAGGUAACUCCUAAACAUAUAGUUUUACCAUAAUGAUGUAUCUGGAAAAGUUGUUGAAAAUUAUAAGCAAAUUCAUAACAUUUCAUGAACAUGGCGGUAUAACAUGACAAACAUAUUGAAAGAGCUUUACUAUAAAAAAGACAAUAAAUUAGAAAUAUUUUUUUAAAUAUCUCGAGAAUGGCUGCAUUUAGAAAAAGAUUGAUAAAUAGCUGUAACCAUGCUAAUCUUAUAUUUUACUCAGCCAAGUAUCAGCUUAUGCUCUUCCUAAACUAAGCUUGAUGUCUAGUGAACCAGUUCACGAAUCAAUACGGUGCUCCUAUGAGCAAUAAAUAACGGUACUCAGUGUCAAACAAAGUAGUCGCCCACACACAAGACAACGCACAGUGCGUUGAAUGCAAAGGAAUGUGGAAUAAAAAUCAUAAUAGCAGAAUUUAGCCAUUGUGACACUUUGGUAUGAUUUUUUUUGCAGUGUCAAGUAUAUUCAUUGUAUAAAAGUUGUCAUAUGUUUACAUCUAAUAAAAUUCUAAGGCUGCAGUAU